GCAACAAUCAGCUCUUAGCAUGGUUGCUAAAUGUGCAAAUCCUUGUAAUUGGCACUUUGAAACUUACUUUUUGACUGCAUUUGCAGUAUUUGUGCUUGUUAGUAUGAGGACCCUGAGGAUGAACAUCACGUCUUGAUUUUAUAUGGUGUCGUGUCAAGAUUUAUUAAUUGUUCCUUUUAUAAUUUUGGCGUGACAUCACCCCUGUAAAGGAAAUACAUUGCUAGCCCAGCUAGUUGGUGAUCCUCUCGAGGCUUGUAGUGCCAGAUGGGGAUGGAUCCUCUGGGUGCUCGCUCCCAGUUUGUGGAUAUCCAGACUCUUCCCACAUGGCAGCAGCAGCUGGACAAUGAUGGCGAGGAGAAACGGCUGGUCCGGAGCCACAGCAUGCUCAGCCAGAGUUUCCCCUCACCCUUCCCCUACAGACCAGAUAUCAACCGCAAGAUCAUCCUCUUUGUUGGUGACAUUGCUCUGCUGAAUUGCACCGCCGUCGUGAACACCAGCAACGAGUCGCUAAACGACAAGAACCCCACGUCUGACAGCAUCCAUCAGCUGGCAGGACCCGAGCUCCGAGACGAGCUGCUUAAACUCAAAGGAUGUCGCACCGGGGAGGCAAAGCUGACCAAGGGCUUCAACCUAGCAGCGCGGUUCAUCAUCCACACCGUGGGGCCAAAGUACAAAGCCAAAUACAGGACGGCAGCAGAGAGUUCACUAUACAGCUGCUACAGAAACAUCAUGCAGCUGGCUGCAGAGCAGUCAAUGGCAUCAGUUGGCUUCUGUGUGGUGACCACAAUCAAAAGAGGUUAUCCUCCGGAGGAUGCAACACACAUUGCUUUGAGGACAGUGCGGCGGUUCUUGGAGAAUCAUGGAAACAGCAUAGAAACGGUGGUGUUUGCGGUUUCAGACACAGAGGAGUCUGUGUUCAAGAAGUUACUCCCUCUGUACUACCCACGCUCUGAGGGAGAAGAAAAGGCUUGCCUACCUCUCAUCCCAGCUGACAUCGGCAAUUCUGAGGGUGAACCAGUGGUUCCAGAAAGACGGAUCCGCAUCACAGAGAAACCAGGAAGCAUUGAAGAUGAAUGUGAAGAGGACAGCCUGGAGUUGGAUCUGGGUCAGGUUGGGACUCACGCCUUCGCCCGGAUGGAGGGCGACGUAGACAAACAGCGGAAACUGAUUUUACAGGGACAGAUGUCUGAGGCAGCCAUGCAGAAGCAACACCAGAGAAACUACGGUCGCUGGCUGUGUCGAGCGAGAGCAGAGGACCUGUCAGACAUCGCCGCGCUGAAAGCGUUGUACCAGACUGGCGUGGAUAUAUGUGGCAGGACGGUGAUGGUCGUGGUUGGACGAAACAUCCCCGUGACCCUCAUUGACCUUGAGAAGGCGCUGUUGUACUUCAUCCAUGUAAUGGACCACAUCACAGUGAAGGAGUAUGUUAUGGUUUACUUUCACACGCUGACCGGAGAGCAUAACCAUCUGGACACCGACUUCCUGAAGAAACUCUACGACAUCGUUGACGUCAAGUAUAAAAAAAAUUUGAUGGCUUUCUACUUUGUACAUCCAACAUUCCGCUUGAAGGUUUCAACAUGGUUCUUCACCACUUUCAGUGUAUCUGGCAUGAAGGAAAAGGUCCGCUACCUCGACAAUCUGCAACAGCUCUUCACCUGCAUCAAGCCUGAGCAGCUCGAUAUCCCUCCAUUUGUCUUGGAGUACGAUGCACGAAUGCCGAAGGACGGACCGUAACCCUGUUUAGCCUCACGUCAGCUCUCUGGCUGAUGGUGUUUUAGUAGAAAUAUUUAGGUAGGCUAUGUUCCUGUUGAUGUCUCGAAUAAACCUGAAAUCACACAAACCUUUGUGUGUUUCUAUUCACGUUCUUUUUUCAUCAGUUGUAUUUGAGGGAUCAACAGACGAGACAAAUCUCUAGACUUUCCCUUUUCUAUUCUCCUCUUCCUGAUGUAAACCAGAGACGGUGGAAAUGAUUUCUGUUGUUCUUUGUCUUUUAUUUUCAUCUCCAGGUUUAAUUUCACCUGUUAAACCGUUGACUAUAACCUCAAUUAA